AAUACAAAGAAAUGGUGUUUAUUUAUAGAAAUAGAAAUUUACAGAGGAUGUAAGUCCGUAGAUAAUCAUUUAAUUAAUUAAAGACCUGAGUAGUUGAGGAAAUAGUCUCAUAGAUUUAAAUAUGGCGUUGUUUAAAAAAAAGUUUAAAGAUGUGUCUAAAGACAAUAAACUAUUCGGUAAUACAGAAUCUGACGAAAAGUAUUUAAAUAUUGUUUAUAACAAUGAAGCUGUUUUUAUGACUACAAGCAAGAACAAUACAUUAUCCAAUUCUAAAGCGAAAAUGAAACAACGUAUCACGAGUAGAAAAGUUCGACGUCGAACCGCAUUGGUUAAACAUAUGAAAAAGAACUCGAAUCCUCCUACUAACGCGACUUUUUUAAACCUUCAGAAAUGUGGUAAAAAUCCCAUUGUCAAUACAGAUCAACUUAAAGUCAAAAAUACUUCUCAAAAGAAGAAUUCUUUUAACACUAAAAGAGUUAGAUUUAGUGAUGUAAACUUGGUUUUAAAACCUUUUGCAGAUGGUACUGAGCAAACAAAGAAAACAAAACAUAUAAUCAAAGCCGUUCUAUCAAAAAGUAAAAAUGUUGAAAAUAAAUCUAAUAAAGCUGCAACGUGGUCAAACCAAAUAAAUAGAGAAGCCAAGCAAUUUAAACAAAAUGGAAUGGUUCAGCACCUUAUACAUACAAAUCAACAUGUUCAAAAAAUAUCAAGACCAAUUUCAUCUCGGUUCACGGCAUUAGAAUGUGACCAAAAAGUAGAAAAGAAUUCAACUUUACUAAACCAACAAAGAUCAGAUGAAAAGAAGUGUCGCAAAUCCAAUUUUUGUCAACAUAUAUUUAAAGAGAUAUACUGCAACAUUAACGAUAAAAAGGUUACAAUCGCCUUAGAUGUUCGAGGUUUUUCUCUUAAUGAUGUAUUUGUUUCUUUUCACCAAGGCAAACUUAUUAUUACCGCAAAAAAAAAUUUAAAAACAGAAUACGGAUAUAGUUUGUAUCAAAUUAGGAGAGCCUAUGUCUUACCAGUUGGUGUGCAGAAAUUUAAAAUCUUUACAAAAAUUAUUAAUGACGGUAUGUUAAUAAUUCAAUGUAUACCUGAUGAAUUUUCAAAAUAGACUAAAUGGUUGACCAUUUAGAUAAAUUGCAAAAAAUGAUUCUAAACAGUUAGUUUUUAUUAAACAUUUCAAAAUGAUAUAUUAUAGCCUGAUAUU